UGAUUACUCCGGGUAUUCGCAACUGCCUGCUGACGGCGCUUCCACAGGUUGCGGUUCCAGAUAUCAUUGGAGUGGUAGCAGGUCAAUUGUACGACCCCAAUCAGCAGUGUCAACACAUGUACGGUCCUCUGUCCCGGUACUGCCAUGGGGGAAAUUUUGGCGACAUCAGUGACAUCUGUACGUCCAUGUUUUGCCUGUCGCCCAACAACACGAGGCGAGACUUUGCUUCCAGCAUCACGCGGCGCCGGGCACCAGCUGUGGGAUGGCCGGUGGUGUGAAGCCGGGGAGUGCGUUUCUAAUGCGAGGGCGCCAGUAAUCGGCUCGUGUCCUUUCGGCGACCAGCUGGUGCGGAUCAACGGACAGGAGUGUCGGCGGGCAGUGGCCGCUCGUCCCGCCCUCUGCAACAACGCCAGAGUGCGACAGAUCUGCUGCGGCACGUGCAGAGCGCCGCGCUCCCAAGCGGCGGGAAUCGGCAUCCCUGGUUGUCCGGUUGGCGAUGGCGUUCCAGGCUGUCGCGCUGACCUCUGCCAGUCACUCGGCCAUGACGGGACGCCGUACGCACGCGACUGCUGCGGAACGUGCCGCUUCAACCCAACGCAGUGGACGUGCACAGACGCGGCAGGGGGCGUGGACGGUGUUCAGUGCAACCAGGCCAUUCUGAGGGUGGAGUUCAAGGCUGUUACAACACGACCUUGGCUUUUGUGUGCUGUGCCAGCUGUCAGGAACAGCGUGACGACCGUUUCCCCAGAGGCUGCGAGUACGGUAACGCCGUCCCACGGGAGUGCACCGACCUCCCCCCCAAGGACGAGCCAUGCACCUCCCAGCAGCGACAGCUGUGCUGUGGCUCUUGCUUCACCUCCGAUAAUCUUGCGAGCGGAAGUGGAAAGACCUGGCGGCCAUCUUUCUUCGUCGCGCUGCUGGCCGUUGCCUUAGAUCUUGCCAUCAGUCGCUGUCAUGUCGGCCAUUCAUCGAAAGCUUCGCUAAGCUAGAAACUUACGUCGAUUGUGGACCUUGUCGGCCCAUCUCUGCUUCUACCUCCCUCCAGGGGCCGAAGUUAUAAAGCAAGUCGUUGGCCUGGGGCGACAUGGGAAAUUUAAGGGAAAACGUCUUAUUUCCGAAAUUAUACAGCAGUACCCAGAUCCUUCGGUAGAGGCGGCAGCAGCAGUACGCUGGACACUGGUCCGUGUGAUGAACUGACGGUGACAAAAGAAUCUCAGGCGCGGGGCUUGGGGUGGUUGCCCUAGUCGCUUUAUAAUUUUGGAAAUAAGACGCUUUUCCUUGAGUUCCCCUUGUUACACAGAGCUACGACUUACCCUCGCUUCAUAACUGCCGUCCCUCAACCGUCUUCGUCACGUUACCGUGACAUGUUUAGUUUCUUUUCAGUGUGGCAAGAAGGCCAUCGAAGGACCCGGUUAUUGGUGUUACUUUGAUUUAUUCUUUCUCAUUGGUGUUUGUGAGAGAAAGGAAGAAGAAUCCUGUAACGCCUUAUCUUAUUGUCUGUCUUCUCCACUGCGAGACCGCGGGGCAGGGUUCAAGUCUCACACGUAUCUACAUGGAUGGCUUUAGCUUGAUUGUGGAAGAGCAUGAAUCUAAAAGCACAAAAAAUGAACUUUGCCUCGUUAAUAUAGUUUUCUGGUAGUUUGACCAGUUCAGGGCUUUGAUAUCAGGGACUGUUUUUUAAUACUUUAAAAAAUAAUCGUGCGAAUGCUUAUAAGGAAACAAAAUAUGAGUAUGUAUAUAUAGUGUGUGUGUGCGUGUGUAUGUGUAUACGCGUGCAUGUAUGUUCAUCGAAUACUGGUGUUGCACAUUUGCAUGUAGGCGGCUGUUAAUGUAGGAUUAUUGUUUUGAUGACGAAGAUGAUGAAGAUGAAGAUUAAGAAGAGACAGUAUAAAGUAUGUUUAAAAUAUAUUAAUAGACCUUUUUAGUCGUACUUCUUAUUAGGUUAUAUCAUGUAAAGUCUUCCAAAAUGUGCGCCUUUUAAAUUGCUCUUAAUCUCCACCCAAUAUAUAUAUAUUUAUUUAAAAAUAUACAUUAUGUAUUUAUAUAUACUCAAUUGUUUUGAUCAGUUUGUAUUCUGGCAUCAUGUUUAUUAAAAUGUUACGCUGCAUCUUAACAGACAAGAGUUCUGCUCAUAAAGAUUUAUUACGAUUGUUAAGGAUGUUUCUGUUUGUUUAACCUUUUGUAUUGGCAUCAUUUGAAACAAUUAAGAAGACUACGUUUGACGAUGGCGGGCGUUUUGGUGAUAAUAUGUCUUUCCAUGAUGUCACCGGCCUUCCAUGUCCGUAAGUCAGUGGCAGCCUGAAGGAAGUCUCCUUGGGUUGACAACGUACACAACUCUGUAUUCGCCAUCUUAGCAAAGUCACACUGAAAGUUCAUCCACCAUCGCCUCAACACUGAAGGAGCGCCGCACUAGUCGGUAAUCAGGUGGGAGAUCUUUCAGACAACAAUGGGCUUUCUUCAAGAUGCACACUGUCGCCUCUUGCAUCUCAGAAGGAGGUCGGACAUCGAGGUGGACAUCGAGGAACUGGAUGGCGACUGAUCGUUUCUUGCAGGCUUGCUCUCCACUUCUCGAGACGGACCUGAGUGGCGAGUCUUGUUAGCUGCUGCGACUACCCAGGUCCCCCGACGACCGGUCGGCCGAUAGGGUGGGGGCGGCGACAGGUCCCCCUGACGACUGGUACCGGCAGAUCAGCUUUUAUGAUGAUCAGAUAGUACGUCAAGGAAUGAUGAUUAAUGAUCAUGAUGAUGAUCAUGAUGAUGAUGACGGCUUGAAAACUUCCUGUCAAAGAAUUUGCUUUAUACCCUGAAAUAAUAAAAGAAUACCAAUCGAGACGAUCUUUACUGAUCCGUCCUAAUCCAUCGUUACAAAAGGAUUCAUUCACCAUUAACAGUUAUGUAGGAUAUGCCAACCUACAACGGUGUUUGCUAAAACAUGAAACGUAACGGUCAGGUAUCUUGUUACAGAUGUAACUCCCCCAUCCCCCUAAAAAAAAAUCAGGCGCAUGGCCGACACAAUAAGCCAGUUAAUAAACGGGUAUCAAACACUUGAAGGUACCCGCCAUCAGAACCUCGCAGCUAUGAUGCAUUAAACUUGGCGUUGCAUGCACCAUUCAAAUACCGCGGUGAAAGUUAUUUUUCAUGAUCUUCUGUCGACUGCUUUUGUUCCUACUGGAGCCCACGGAGAUGGCACUUAAAUGUUUUCUAAAUGUGAUAAGGGGAAGACCGCGUUAUUUCCCAUUUAACUCGCGCAGCCAUUGCAAGAUCGGAGGCUGAUUGUGCAAACUUGUUUUAUGGCACAUCCGGUGAUAACGCUUUCGAUGAUAUCAUCAAUGCCUGCUGCAGUAGACUGUGGUGCGGAGCUGUGGGGAAACAAAGUGUAAUAAGCACUUUGGUGAAUUGGGGAUCUUGGGAAUAUAACCAUGGGGGACACUGAGACUGGGGUUUUACAUGUCAAAAUUAAAACGUGGAGGAACUUGAAUGGCAGCUAAUAUAGAGGAAGCCAUUAAUUUCCCGCUUUAUCGCAGAAGGUAGUUUUAUUUUGGGCAUUGUAAUAAUUGUCAAAAUAAUAACAUAAUAAAUUGGACUGAUGUAAAAUUAACAUACUUAUAAGCUAACAAAUAAAGACA